GGUUAGUCAUUCCAUCGGGGCUAUAUAAGUGGUCGGCUCCUGCAAAAUUCUUGCUUUCUCGCAGAAGUUCAUAAUGGCCUUUGCUGGAAAAUAUCAGCUGGAGUCUCAGGAGAACUUUGAGCCUUUCAUGAAGGCUAUUGGUCUACCUGAUGAACUGAUUCAGAAGGGCAAAGACAUCAAGAGCGUCUCUGAAAUUGAGCAGAAUGGAGAUCACUUCAAGGUGACCGUUACCACUGGUACAAAGGUCAUGGUGAACACCUUCACGAUUGGGCAGGAAUGUGAGCUGGAGACCCUGACUGGAGAGAAAGUCAAGACUGUUGUGCACUUGAAUGGAAACAAGCUGACCGUUUCAUUGAAAAGCAUUGAGUCUGUCACUGAGGUGUCUGGAGAUUCCAUUUGCAAUACCAUGACUUUGGGCCCCAUCGUAUACAAGAGAGUCAGCAAGCGCAUCUCAUAAUUGUGUUUUUGAGGAAAAUAAAAAGAAGAAAAUCAGUGUGAGCAUUGUCAUUACUUACUGCUUGCACUUCCUAAGCUCUGAAUUUGCAUUGUUUGUGUUGCUGCCCUAAAGAUACUCUGACCCUGUUGAGUGAUUUGUGUUUUUGAGGAAAAUAAAAAGAAGAAAAUCAGUGUGAGCAUUGUCAUUACUUACUGCUUGCACUUCCUAAGCUCUGAAUUUGCAUUGUUUGUGUUGCUGCCCUAAAGAUACUCUGACCCUGUUGAGUGAUUUGUGUUUUUGAGGAAAAUAAAAAGAAGAAAAUCA